GAUCAGAUCAAAUAAGAAGACGAUAGCAAGAUGAUGCUCGCGAUUCUUCUCCAACACUUGAAGAAGGUGGGUCGUUUUUGAAGAAGAAGAUCGUGGGACUCCAACUCUCUAAGAACGAUUCAUCCUUUAAGCUAAUACAGCCAUGCCUCCUGCUUAUUUUCAUUUCAUCAUCAACCAUAAGGGAAAAGUUGCUAGGCUAAGUAACAUUGAUCCUGAUAAGUAUUGCUAUUUUGACUUGUUUGCUGAUGUGAGUGAGAAAUUAUUGUCUCAUUAUCCCACUGGGUUAGGGUUAGCAAUCUCGAUCUUUUGUAAACUUCCUGCUCCUUGGUAUAGGAUUGACAUUAACAGUGACAAAUCCCUCAUUGAUAUGUUUCAUCUUGAUGGUGUUCCUAGCACAUUGAACUUAUUUGUAGAAGUGGAAUCGCCCAAUCCAUGUCAGGUAGAGCACCCUAGUGAGGUGGAUGGAGAAGAUGUGGAGGUGGUAGAAACAACCCAAGAUGGCCAUGUAUAUGGUUAUAAUGAUGAGGAUGAUGAUUGGAAUUUGGAUAGGGAAGGGGAGGUAGAAUCAGAUGAUGGGGGUAGACUUAUGGUUGAAAUUAGUGGGGUAGAUGAUGAGGGACUUAGUGACUACCAAUCAAGUGAUGAUGAGGGCAACAUGUCUAGUGGGAGUGAUGAGGGUACAGAGCAUGGGACUGGGUUUGAUACAAGUUAUAAUGGGAAGGAACCUUAUGUGGACUGUGAGGGAGAGGUUGUAUUAGAGGAAAAAAUGAUUUUUGCUGAUGUGGAUGCCUUUAGGGCCAAGCUUAGAGACUACACAGUGGAGAAAGGGUUUAAGAUAGUGAGGGACAAAAAUGAGAAGGCUAGGGUAACUGCACAUUGUGAUGUUAAGGGGUGCCCUUGGAGGAUUCAUGCUUCCCGACUUCCAGAUGGGAUAACCUACCAGAUUAAGACAUACACACUUGAGCACACAUGUACUAGGGUUAACCAUAAUGAGGAUGCUAAUUCUACUUGGAUAGCAAAGAAACUUCUCAAGGAUUUCAAGGAGAACCCACAACUUGAUUUGGAUGGCAUGCAAGAGAAAUUGAAUGGUAGGUUUGGCAUUGAGUCAUCUAAGAUACAACUUUAUAGGGCAAAAAGGAAGUGUAUGGAUGAGCUUGAGGGUAGUCAUGGUGGCCAAUAUAAGCUUCUUCCAACCUAUGCUGUAGAGGUUAGGAAGACCAACCCUGGAAGUUUGAUCAAAAUGGACUAUAAUAGGCCUUUUCCCACCCAAAAUCCCAUGUUUGGGAGACUAUUUGUUUCAUUUGCUGGUAUGAUAAAGGGAUUCUUGAAUGGAUGUAGGCCUUUCAUAGGGGUGGAUGGGUGUCACCUUAAGGGUCCUUAUGGGGGUGUCCUAAUUUCUGCUGUGGCAUUAGAUGGUAACAAUGGGCUAUUUCCUCUUGCUGUGGCAGUGGUAGAAAGUGAGAAUAAUCAAAGUUGGGGUUUUUUUCUUGAACACAUUCAAACCAUAAUUAGGGCUAGUGGACAGAAUAGGCCUUGGACCAUUAUGAGUGAUCAACAAAAGGGACUGGAUGGGGUUGUUGCACAUUUAUUACCUGAGGUCUCACACAGAAAUUGUGCAAGACACUUAUUUAAUAAUUUCAAGGCAAAAUACCCUGGCCUUGCUCUAAGAAAAUAAUUUUGGAUAGCUGCUAGGGCCUACAACCAAAGGAAAUUUAAUGAUGCAAUGGCUGCAAUUAAGGAGUUAAACAUAGAGGCACAUGGUUAUCUGGUCAAACUUCCAGUCAGCUCAUGGGCAAGGCAUGCAUUUGAUGAUAGGGUGAAGUCUGAUCAUAUCACUAACAAUGGGGCUGAAUCAUUCAAUAAUUGGCUUGGCAAUCUUAGAGGAAAGCCAAUUCUCACCAUGUUAGAGGGUAUAAGGUGUAAAGUCAUGUCUAGAAUCCAAACUAGACAUCAAAAGGGGGUGGCAUGGACACAUGGGAUAACAGCAAACGUAAAAAAAUUGUUGAUCAAAGUAGGGAGGGAAGCAAGGCAGUGUAAGGCAGAAUAUUGUGGUGGAACAGAGUAUGAUGUGAUGGACAAUGGGGUCAGACACUUGGUUGACUUGGGGAGGAUAGAAUGUGUGUGUAGACAGUGGGAGAUCUCUGGGAUUCCAUGCAAGCAUGCAAUGGCUGCAAUAAUGAAGGAUAGGAAGAACGUGGAAAACUUUGUUCACUCAUACUACUCUAAGGAGAUGUACUUAAGAGCACAUGGGAGUAUGAUACACCCAAUCCUUGAUCAUUCAAUGUGGACAAUAAUUCCAGGUGACCCAUUAGACCCACCACCCCUUAGAAGAUCUGCAGGUAGGCCAAGGAAAGUUAGAAAAAGAGCAGUUGAUGAACCUCCAGCUGAGACAAGUCAAUCAAAGAGGUCACAAACUGUUAAGUGCAUGCGGUGCAAAGAGUUUGGGCAUAACAAAAGGACUUGUCAAGGAGGACCAGUUAGGGGUAGAGGGGGACCAAGCAACAAAGGUAGAGGAAACAGUGGGAGAGGUUCUACAAGUGGCAAUGAAAUGGGGGAAACACAUACUUUCAACAGUGGUAAUGGUAGUGGUACAACUAGGGGCAUAAACAGAGGCAAAGGAUCAAGAGGGAGGGGCACUAGCAGAGGGAGGGGCAGAAACACAAGUACCACACCUCAAGGAAAUCAAGUGGGUACAUCACAGACACAACCUUCACAAUGUGUCACUCAAAGCCACCCGUCAGAGUGGUCUCUUUUCUAAAUGACAUGGAGUUUGAGACUUUUUUGUGAGCUGAUUGAACAUAUUGAAGACUAACUUUUUGUAUAUGGUACUAUAGGGCUAAUGUGGUAGUAUAUUUAGAUACCACUUUUUUGUAUAGGGCAAAAUAGAUUUAGUACUUUUGUGAUCUUGUGUUGGACACAACUUUUUGUAUAGCCCUGAUUAUGCUGUGAUUUAGCCCUCUUUUGUAAUAUGGAUGACUGUAAACUUCAAACUUAUGUUUUUUGACUGCUAUUUGGAUGUAUGGAAUUUGCAUAUGAUGGCAAAGAAGUUUAGUUUGCCUU